CUUACUAGCCAGCUUUUGAAACGAAUUUCGCAGAUGCCUGAAAUGAUUGUGAACCGCACUGAAGGAUCGACCGGCCCACAAGUCCGCUGGCUCGACCAACAACAAUACCUGAUUGAAACCUACCGUCAACUAAGGACAAACUUGGGUCAGCUGGAAGCAGAAAUUGAAGCAGCUCGUUUGAGAGUUACUGACUGGAGCCAACACAGACGAGAGCCCAGUCGGAGCCGGAGUUUAAGUCACGCCAGCAUUUCGACUAACACAAGUAGUCAUUGGAGCUGUAGUACGUUUGAGAGCAGUUGUACGGACGCCUCUUGCCUAAAUGUUGUGACCGACGGCACCACGACUGGUUCAUCCUGUCCUUCUUCCUGCUCAUCUACAUGUGGUAUUCAACUUCCCACUGCUGUCGCCGUCAGUUUGAACGCGGCUACCCUAAUCACCGCUUUCCUGGCCGCCAGCACCAACUCACCUUCGCAAAGUACAAUACAACCGGCAGUUGAGGAAAUUUCCGCACAAAAUGGGCACAAUACCCCAGACAGGCUUUCGACUGGGUCAAGACCAAGGUCAAAUCGAUCCGCAUCUCCAUCCUGA